AUGUCGACUCCCUCGCGAGAGGAUGAGCAUAGUGAGUUUACUCCACUUAACCAACUUCGUAGACCCUCACAUUCAUUUUUAGAUACGCCAAUUGGAUCCUUCAAAGGUCCUAAUUCACUUCAAAACUUUGCAAAUUCUUUUACCAGAGCACAAUCUUUUGCAGCAUCAAAGUUGGAUAAUGACAUAACCAAAAAGAGAUCAUUUUUCACGACGUCACCAGACACUAUGGAGGAUGACAUUACCUUUGACCCUGAAUUGGUUAUUCCGGCUUCUAGAGGUGAGCGUUUGAGUUCAGUGAUACAUGAUAUUUCCAUGCGCAACCAUAUGCUCAUGGGAAAUGGAUACGGAAGUUAUGGAAGUGGUAGUCCUCCUACGAAUAAUGAUGUUUUUUACCAUGACGAUGUAUUGAGUGCACUUCAAUCGAGAACAAGACAUAAUUCUAUUUAUACGCAGAGCGGUGGCAGUAAUGCACCUAUACCAGUGAAGAAAACACAUCCAUCACAUUCAUUUUCAAGUGUGAGGACGUCUUUAUCUCUAAUGACGACACCCUCCCAGUUUAAUAUUAAGCAAAUUGAGGACAAAGAGGGCAAUAUCGUUACAGUCUUAGAAGGUCGCUCAACUGCUCCUCAGACUAUUUUCAACUCAGUUAACGUGUUGAUAGGGGUUGGAUUGUUAGCUCUCCCUGUUGGUAUUUUGCGAGCAGGUUGGGCAAUCGGAAUCCCUUAUUUGAUGAUUUGUGGAUUGGCGACUUGUUGGAGCGCAGGCUUAAUUUCAAAAGCCAUGGAUACCGACGAAACAAUCAUGACAUAUUCAGACUUAGGGUAUGCGGCGUACGGCUCUGUAGCCAAAUUUGUUAUUUCCUUAAUUUUUUCAAUCGAUUUGAUGGGUGCAGGUGUUUCAUUAGUGGUUUUGUUCAGUGAUUCACUUUAUGUCCUAUUAGGAGAUGAUGAUUUUUGGACAACUACAAGGUUCAAGAUACUUGCAUUUUUUGUGUUGACACCAUUCACGUUCUUGCCAUUACCAAUAUUGUCGUUGUUUUCUUUGUUAGGAAUUUUGGCUACCAUUUCAAUCACCAUUCUAGUGUUCAUAUGUGGAUUCUUCAAAAGCACCUCCCCAGGCUCUCUCAUUCAAAUAAUGCCAGUAAAUAUGUGGCCACAGUCACUUCCCAAUUUACUAUUGUCUAUUGGUAUUGUCUUGGCACCUUUUGGUGGGCAUGCCAUCUUUCCGAGUUUAAAGAGUGAUAUGAGGCAUCCCAAAAAAUUCUCUGAAACAUUGAAGGUCACUUUUGGUAUCACUUUACUAACAGAUACGACAAUGGGUUUGGUAGGAUUUCUCAUGUUUGGCGCUUACUGCAAUAAUGAGAUCACUAAUAAUGUACUUCUUACACCUGGGUAUCCAAAGUGGAUUUAUCCUCUAAUAAGUGGUCUCAUAUGCUUGAUUCCAUUGGCUAAAACGUCAUUAAAUGCGAAGCCGAUCAUAGCUGCUGUGGAUACGUUAACCGGCGUUGAUACCACAAGCGAUAUUAAAUUCAUAAAUUUUUUGAAAUCAAUUGGCCAAUUUAUAAACAAGAUCUUUGUGAAUGCACUUUUCGUACUUUUAGCAAUUGCUUUUCCUGAUUUUGAUCGUAUCAUUGGAAUGUUAGGAGCAUCUAUAUGCUUUUUGGUCUGCAUCAUACUCCCUUGUUUAUUCUACUUGAAGCUUUGUGGGGAACAGAUAGGAACUUCUGAAAGAAUUUUGGUCUCUUUCGCCAUCACAAUCUCUUUUGUCCUAGGGGCCGUAGGUACUUGGGCUAUUAUUAGUGUAUAG